UCCCCCACCGGUCUCUUUCCCCUCCCCUCCCCCCACCCGCCAGCCCAUCAAUCAAUCAUCGGCGACCGAGAGCGGAUCAAUCAAUGAUCGGGAGGAGGAGGCGGUGGCGGCGGCUGCUGUUUAAUGAACAAUGUGUGAGAGCUGUGCCGAGCUGCUGGAGGUGUUAAAUGAGAUAUCUGACAUUGAAGGUGGCGAUGGAUUGCAGCUCAGAAAGGAACAUGCGCUCAAGGUUUUUGCUUAUAUCAAUUCUUGGACUCAAAGGCAAUGUCUGUGCUGCUUCAAGGAGUACAAGCAUUUGGAGAUCUUUAACCAAGUUGUGUGCGCACUUAUAAAUUUAGUGAUUGCCCAAGUUCAAGCUCUUCGGGAGCAGCUGUGUAAACAUUGCACUAUUAACCUCGACUCAGCAUGGCAAGAUGAGAAUAAUCCAUCUGAUGAGCCACUGAAUGUAGAAAAAGAAUCUCAUGGAGAAGAAGAAAAUGGGGAAAGACACAAAUCCAUAGAGAAAAAGUUAGACUCGGGAAGAACUUGUAUCCUGACAGAGGAAGAAUCUACAAAGGGUGCUGACACCUUUAGCAUAUGGAGCACUGAGGAGAAAGAAAAACUUUUGCUUUGUGUAGCAAAAAUCUUUCAGAUCCAGUUUCCUCUCUAUACUGCUUACAAGCAUAAUACACAUCCCACAAUAGAGGAUAUUUCUGCACAAGAAAGCAAUAUAUUAGGGGCAUUCUGUGAUAUGAAUGAUGUAGAAGUACCAUUGCACUUGCUUCGCUACGUUUGCUUAUUUUGUGGAAAAAAUGGCCUUUCCCUCAUGAAGGACUGUUUUGAAUAUGGAACCCCUGAAACGUUACCAUUUCUCAUAGCACAUGCAUUUAUCACUGUGGUCUCUAAUAUCAGAAUAUGGCUGCACAUCCCUGCUGUUAUGCAACACAUUAUACCAUUUAGGACCUAUGUUAUCAGGUAUUUAUGCAAACUGUCAGACCAGGAGUUAAGACAGAGUGCAGCUCGCAACAUGGCAGAUUUAAUGUGGAGCACAGUUAAAGAGCCGUUGGAUACUGCCUUGUGUUUUGAUAAAGAGAGUCUCGAUCUUGCAUUUAAGUACUUUAUGUCACCAACUUUAACCAUGAGAUUGGCCGGACUCAGUCAAAUAACAAAUCAACUUCAUACUUUCAACGAUGUGUGUAAUAACGAAUCAUUGGUUUCCGACACAGAAACGUCCAUUGCAAAAGAGCUUGCAGACUGGCUGAUCAACAACAAUGUGGUAGAACAUAUUUUUGGACCAAAUUUGCAUAUUGAGAUCAUUAAACAGUGCCAAGUGAUUCUUAAUUUUCUUGCUGCUGAAGGCCGGCUUAGUACACAGCACAUAGACUGCAUUUGGGCUGCAGCACAGUUGAAGCAUUGUAGUCGCUACAUACAUGACUUGUUUCCUUCAUUGAUCAAGAAUUUGGAUCCUGUUCCACUCAGACAUCUUCUUAAUUUAGUCUCAACCCUUCAUCCAAGUGCACACACUGAACAGACUUUGUAUUUGGCAUCCAUGCUCAUUAAAGCGUUGUGGAAUAACGCACUAGCAGCUAAGGCCCAACUAUCAAAGCAAAGCUCAUUUGCAUCUUUACUCAGUACGAACCUGCCAAUGGGAAAUAAGAAAGAGGAAGAAGAGCUCCGAAGAGCAGCUCCAUCGCCAUGGUCACCUGCAGCAAGUCCCCAAAGCAGUGACAACAGUGAUACUCAUCAGAGUGGCGGAAGCGACAUUGAAAUGGAAGAGCAGCUGAUAAGCAGAAAUAAACAUGUCCAGCAGCGGCUUUCAGAUACAGAGGAAUCGAUGCAGGGAAGUUCUGAUGAAACUGCAAAUAGCGGGGAAGAUGGCAGCAGUGGGCCAGGUAGCAGCAGUGGCCGCAGCGAUGGAUCCAGCAAUGAGGCCAACUCCAGCCAUGCGAGCCAGUCUGCAGGGAGCCCAGGCAGCGAGGUCCAGUCAGAAGACAUUGCUGAUAUUGAAGCUCUCAAGGAAGAGGAAGAGGAAGAGGAGGAAGACAGAGGUCAUAAUUCCCAGAAAAACGGUCGGAGCGCAGAGUUACGGAGCCGGAAAAUGGAAUCUCAGUCAGGCAUUUGCUUGGGAGAUUCACAGGCGGCAGCAGAGAGGGGCGGUGUAAGCAAUGGAACUGGAAAUGACCAUGUCUUUAAUACUGACUCUGUGCCACCGGUGGAUAGUAGAAUUAGAAUGCUAGACCCCUGUUCACACACAGAAGACACAGAUCAUGAUAUGACUGGGGAAAUGGUUACGGCUCAUAUAUCACAAGGCUCUCAAGAUUCCUGUAUAACACAUACAGGGGAUUUCCUUGGGGAAGCGAUUGGAAAUGAAUUAUUUAACUGCCGACAGUUUAUUGGGCCACAGCAUCAUCACCACCAUCACCACCACCACCAUCACCACCAUCACCACCAUCAUGAAGGACAUAUGGUUGAUGACAUGUUAAGUGCUGAUGACGUCAGUUGCAGCAGUUCCCAAGUCAGUGCAAAAUCGGAGAAAAAUAUGGCAGAUUUUGAUGGAGAGGAAUCUGGCUGUGAAGAAGAACUGGUACAGAUUAAUUCACAUGCUGAACUCACGUCUCACCUUCAGCAGCAUCUUCCAAAUCUUGCUUCCAUUUAUCAUGAACAUCUCAGUCAAGGGCCAGCAGUUCAUAAGCACCAGUACAACAGCAACGCAGUGACAGAUAUUAACUUGGAUAAUGUUUGUAAGAAGGGAAAUACCCUUUUGUGGGAUCUGGUCCAGGAUGAAGAUGCAAUCCAUCUUUCUGAAGGUUUGAUAAAUGAAGCAGAGAAGCUACUGUGUUCGUUAGUGUGUUGGUUUACUGAUAGACAAAUUCGAAUGAGAUUCAUUGAAGGAUGUCUCGAAAAUUUAGCAAAUAACAGAUCAGUGGUAGUUUCUCUUCGACUUCUUCCUAAAUUAUUUGGUACCUUUCAGCAAUUUGGGAGCAGUUAUGACACACAUUGGAUAACGAUGUGGGCUGAAAAAGAACUUAAUAUGAUGAAGCUUUUCUUUGAUAAUUUGGUACACUACAUUCAAGCUGUCAGAGAAGGACGGCAUAAACAUGCAUUGUACAGUCACAGCGCAGAAGUUCAGGUGCGCCUUCAGUUCUUGACAUGUGUCUUCUCAACACUGGGAUCACCAGAUCACUUCAGGUUAAGUCUGGAGCAAGUAGACAUACUGUGGCACUGUUUGGUAGAAGAUUCUGAAUGCUAUGAUGAUGCCCUCCACUGGUUCUUAAAUCAAGUACGAAGUAAAGACCAGCAUGCCAUGGGAAUGGAAACCUACAAGCAUCUUUUUUUAGAAAAGAUGCCUCAGCUCAAGCCCGAAACCAUUAGUAUGACUGGAUUAAAUUUGUUUCAGCAUUUAUGUAAUUUGGCUCGCUUGGCUACUAGUGCUUAUGAUGGUGGCACAAACUCUGAGUUGUGUGGUAUGGACCAGUUCUGGGGCAUUGCUUUAAGAGCGCAGUCUGGAGAUGUGAGCCGUGCAGCAAUACAGUACAUUAACUCCUAUUAUAUUAAUGGUAAAACAGGUCUGGAGAAAGAACAAGAAUUUAUUAGCAAGUGCAUGGAAAGCCUUAUGAUAGCAUCUAGUAACCUUGAGCAUGAUUCACACUCAAGCCUCACCAUUAUUGAACGAGGGCUCCUGAUGCUCAAGACCCACUUAGAAGCUUUUCGGAGAAGGUUUGCAUAUCAUCUGAGACAAUGGCAAAUUGAAGGCACUGGCAUCAGCAGCCAUUUAAAAGCAUUGAGCGACAAACAGUCAUUACCUCUCAGAAUUGUUUGCCAGCCAGCUGGACUUCCUGACAAGAUGACAAUUGAAAUGUAUCCAAGCGAUCAGGUAGCGGAUCUAAGAGCCGAGGUUACACAUUGGUAUGAGAAUUUGCAGAAAGAACAGUUAAAUCAGCAAGCCCAUCUGCAAGAGUUUGGUCAAAGCAGUCGCAAGGGAGACUUUCCAGGUGGUCUCAUGGGCCCUGUAAGAAUGAUCUCUUCUGGGCAUGAACUAACAACUGACUAUGAUGAAAAAACACUUCAUGAACUGGGAUUUAAAGAUAUGCAGAAAAUCCUCCUUUCAUAUUUCAAGAUGGUGUUCGUAUCAUUGGGCGCUCCAAGAAGAGAAAGAAAGGGAGAAGGUGUUCAGCUUCCCGCGUCCUGCUUGCCACCCCCUCAGAAGGACAAUAUUCCAAUGCUCUUACUCCUGCAAGAGCCUCACCUCACCACCCUCUUCGAUUUGCUAGAGAUGCUUGCCUCCUUUAAACCUCCUCCUGCAGAGGUGGCUAUGGAAGAUAGUGAGAGUGCAAAAUGUGAAGAACUCCAUCUUCACGCGGAAAAUCUGUCAAGGCGAGUUUGGGAGUUGUUAAUGCUUCUGCCUACAUGCCCCAAUAUGCUUCAGGCAUUUCAAAAUAUUUCAGAUGAACAGGGAAAUGAUGGCUUUAAUUGGAAAGAUCUUUUGAGAAUAAAAAGUGCCCAUAAACUUCUGUAUGCCCUUGAAAUCAUUGAAGCUCUUGGAAAACCCAACAGAAGAAUAAGGCGGGAAUCCACGGGCAGCUACAGUGACCUGUAUCCAGAUUCUGAUGACUCAAGCGAAGACCAAAUUGAAAAUAGUAAAAACACCUGGAGCUGCAAGUUUGUUGCUUCUGGAGGGCUUCAGCAGCUCUUGGAAAUCUUCAACUCUGGGAUCCUAGAGCCUAAAGAGCAGGAAUCAUGGACUGUGUGGCUACUAGACUGUCUUGCCUGCCUGCUGAAGUUGAUAUGCCAGUUUGCAGUGGAUCCUUCAGAUUUGGAUUUGGCUUAUCAUGAUGUUUUUGCCUGGUCUGGAGUAGCAGAGAACCACAGGAAAAGAACUUGGCCAGGAAAAUCUCGGAAGACUGCAGGAGAUCACACAAAGGGCCUUCACAUACCCCGCCUGACAGAGGUAUUUCUUGUACUUGUCCAGGGAACCAGUUUGAUUCAGCGACUUAUGUGUGUUGCUUAUACAUAUGACAACUUGGCGCCUAGGGUGUUGAAAGCGCAAGCAGAUCACAGGUCAAGACAUGAAGUGACUCAUUAUUCGAUGUGGCUCUUAGUGAGCUGGGCUCACUGUUGCUCUUUGGUAAAAUCCAGCCUAGCAGAUAGUGAUAAUUUACAAGACUGGCUAAAGAAACUUACUCUUCUUAUUCCUGAGACUGCAGUCCGCCAUGAGUCUUGCAAUGGUCUCUAUAAAUUAUCACUUUCGGGUUUGGAUGGUGGGGACUCCAUAAACAGAUCUUUUCUGCUGCUGGCUGCCUCAACACUGCUGAAGUUUCUUCCUGAUGCCCAGGCACUGAAGCCUAUCAAGAUUGAAGAUUAUGAAGAAGAACCCAUUUUACAGCCUGGCUGUAAGGAAUAUUUCUGGUUGCUGUGCAAACUGAUAGAUAAUAUACAUGUAAAAGAUGCUAGUCAGACAACCUUGCUAGAUUUAGACGCCUUAGCAAGACAUUUGGCCGACUGUAUUCGAAGUAGAGAAAUCCUUGACCACCAAGACGGUAACAUAGAAGACGAUGGCCUUACAGGCCUCUUGCGCCUGGCGACAAGUGUUGUCAAACACAAACCACCUUUUAAAUUUUCUCGAGAAGGGCAGGAGUUUCUGCGAGAUAUCUUUAAUCUCCUGUUCUUGCUGCCAAGUCUAAAAGACCGGCAACAGCCGAAGUGCAAGUCUCAUUCUUCGAGGGCUGCUGCUUACGAUUUGUUGGUCGAAAUGGUAAAGGGUUCCGUAGAGAACUACAGGCUUCUGCACAACUGGGUUAUGGCACAACAUAUGCAGUCUUCCCAUGCUCCUUACAAGUGGGACUAUUGGCCACAUGAUGAUGUCAGAGCUGAAUGCAGGUUUGUGGGACUUACCAACCUUGGAGCGACUUGUUACUUGGCAUCAACUAUUCAACAGCUGUAUAUGAUACCAGAAGCCAGGCAAGCCAUCUUUACUGCAAAGUACUCGGAGGAUAUGAAGCACAAGACCACCCUCUUAGAACUUCAGAAGAUGUUUACUCAUUUAAUGGAAAGUGAAUGCAAAGCGUACAAUCCGAGGCCAUUCUGCAAAACCUACACCAUGGAUAAGCAGCCACUAAAUACUGGCGAACAGAAAGACAUGACAGAAUUUUUUACGGAUCUAAUCACAAAAAUCGAAGAAAUGUCUCCAGAAUUGAAGAAUACGGUGAAAAGCUUAUUUGGAGGUGUUAUCACAAACAACGUUGUUUCUUUGGACUGUGAACACGUGAGCCAGACUGCUGAAGAGUUCUACACAGUGAGGUGCCAGGUAGCAGACAUGAAGAAUAUUUAUGAAUCCCUUGAUGAAGUUACUAUUAAAGAUACCCUGGAAGGAGACAACAUGUAUACGUGUUCUCACUGUGGGAAGAAAGUACGGGCUGAAAAAAGGGCGUGCUUUAAGAAAUUGCCUCGCAUCUUAAGCUUCAAUACAAUGAGAUACACUUUUAACAUGGUCACUAUGAUGAAGGAAAAGGUCAACACGCACUUCUCAUUUCCCUUACGCCUGGACAUGACACCUUACAAUGAAGAUUUUCUUAUGGGAAAGAAUGACAGGAAAGAAGGUUUCAAGGAUGAUGGCGACAGUUCAAAGGAGACCAGGAGUUAUGAGUACGAUUUGAUCGGUGUAACCGUCCAUACAGGAACAGCAGAUGGGGGCCACUACUACAGUUUUAUCCGAGACAUUGUUAACCCUCACGCUUACAAAAACAACAAGUGGUAUCUUUUCAAUGAUGCUGAAGUAAAACCAUUUGAUUCUGCUCAGUUGGCUUCUGAAUGUUUUGGUGGAGAAAUGACAACAAAAACCUACGAUUCUGUCACUGAUAAAUUUAUGGAUUUCUCCUUUGAAAAGACUCAUAGUGCGUACAUGCUCUUUUACAAACGGAUGGAGCCAGAAGAGGAAAAUGGCAGAGACUACAAAUUUGAUGUUUCAUCUGAGUUGCUAGAGUGGAUAUGGCACGAUAACAUGCAGUUCCUUCAGGACAAGAAUAUUUUUGAGCAUACAUAUUUCGGGUUCAUGUGGCAGUUGUGUAGCAGCAUUCCCAGCACGCUACCAGAUCCAAAAGCGGUUUCUCUGAUGACAGCCAAGUUAAGCACCUCUUUUGUCCUGGAAACGUUUAUCCAUUCAAAAGAAAAGCCCACAAUGCUUCAGUGGAUCGAACUGUUAACUAAGCAGUUUAACAACAGUCAAGCCGCUUGCGAGUGGUUUCUGGAUCGUAUGGCUGAUGAUGACUGGUGGCCGAUGCAGAUUCUAAUAAAAUGCCCCAACCAGAUUGUGAGACAGAUGUUUCAGCGCUUGUGUAUUCAUGUAAUCCAGCGGCUGAGGCCAGUCCACGCUCACCUUUACCUACAGCCAGGAAUAGAAGACUGUUCGGAUGACAUGGAUGGCCCUGUGGAAGAUAUUGGUAGUCGCUCAUGUGUAACUCGCUUUGUGAAGACUCUGUUGUCAAUUAUGGAACAUGGUGUUAAACCUCACAGUAAACAUCUCACAGAGUACUUUGCCUUUCUUUAUGAAUUUGCCAAAAUGGGAGAAGAGGAGAACCAGUUCUUGCUUUCACUGCAAGCAAUAUCAACAAUGGUCCAUUUCUACAUGGGAACUAAAGGGCCUGAAAAUCCACAAGUUGAAGUGUUAUCGGAAGAAGAAGGAGAGGAGGAGGAGGAAGAGGAAGACAUCCUUUCUUUAGCAGAAGAAAAAUACAGGCCUGCUGCACUUGAAAAGAUGAUAGCUCUCAUAGCUCUUCUGGUUGAACAAUCUCGCUCGGAGAGGCACUUGACUUUAUCCCAAAAUGACAUGGCAGCGUUAACGGGAGGCAAGGGUUUUCCUUUCUUGUUUCAACAUAUCCGUGACGGCAUCAACAUCAGGCAGACCUGCAAUCUUAUUUUCAGCCUUUGUCGGUAUAAUAACAGGCUUGCAGAACAUAUUGUAUCCAUGCUUUUCACAUCUAUAGCCAAGCUGACGCCUGAGGCUGCCAAUCCAUUUUUCAAGUUGUUGACCAUGCUUAUGGAGUUUGCAGGUGGACCUCCAGGAAUGCCACCUUUUGCUUCUUACAUUCUCCAGAGGAUAUGGGAGGUGAUUGAGUACAACCCUUCUCAGUGCCUGGAUUGGCUAGCGGUGCAGACGCCUCGAAAUAAACUUGCCCACAGUUGGGUGUUGCAGAAUAUGGAGAACUGGGUGGAACGCUUUCUUUUGGCACAUAACUACCCUAGAGUGAGAACCUCUGCAGCCUACCUUCUGGUCUCUCUUAUUCCAAGCAACUCAUUCCGGCAGAUGUUCCGAUCCACCCGCUCGCUACACAUCCCUACCCGAGACCUUCCCCUGAGUCCAGAUACUACGGUUGUCCUUCACCAGGUCUAUAACGUACUCCUUGGGCUGCUCUCACGAGCUAAGCUCUAUGUUGAUGCUGCUGUUCACGGGACUACAAAGCUGGUGCCCUACUUCAGUUUCAUGACUUACUGUUUAAUCUCCAAAACGGAAAAACUGAUGUUUUCUACCUACUUCAUGGACUUAUGGAACCUUUUCCAGCCGAAGCUUUCUGAGCCCGCCAUUGCCACCAACCAUAACAAGCAGGCCCUGCUCUCUUUCUGGUACAACGUCUGUGUUGACUGCCCCGAAAACGUGCGCCUUAUUGUGCAGAACCCCGUGGUAACCAAGAACAUUGCCUUCAAUUACAUCCUGGCGGACCAUGACGAUCAGGAUGUGGUGCUCUUUAACCGCGGGAUGCUGCCUGCUUACUAUGGCAUUCUGCGGCUGUGCUGUGAGCAGUCCCCUGCAUUCACCAGGCAGCUGGCUUCUCAUCAAAACAUCCAGUGGGCAUUUAAGAAUCUCACACCGCAUGCCAGCCAGUACCCAGGGGCAGUGGAGGAGCUGUUCAACCUCAUGCAACUGUUUGUAGCUCAGCGGCCAGAUAUGAGAGAGGAAGAACUGGAAGACAUUAAGCAAUUUAAGAAAACCACCAUAAGCUGUUAUCUCCGCUGCUUAGAUGGACGGUCAUGCUGGACUACUUUAAUAAGUGCCUUCCGAAUAUUAUUAGAAACUGAUGAGGACCGACUUCUUGUUGUGUUUAACAGAGGCUUAAUCCUGAUGACUGAGUCCUUCAACACUUUGCACAUGAUGUACCACGAAGCCACUGCUUGCCACGUAACUGGAGACCUAGUGGAGCUUCUGUCCAUAUUCCUUUCUGUUCUCAAAUCCACCCGGCCAUACCUGCAAAGAAAAGAUGUGAAACAAGCGUUGAUCCAGUGGCAGGAGCGGAUAGAAUUUGCCCAUAAACUUUUAACUUUGCUAAAUUCGUACAGUCCUCCGGAGCUUAGAAACGCUUGUAUAGAUGUCCUCAAGGAGCUGGUGCUCUUAAGCCCUCAUGAUUUCCUGCACACUCUGGUUCCAUUUCUACAGCACAACCAUUGCACGUACCACCACAGCAACAUCCCAAUGUCUCUUGGCCCUUACUUCCCAUGCCGUGAAAAUCUGAAAUUGAUAGGAGGCAAAAGUAACAUCCGCCCACCUCGCCCUGAGCUUAACAUGUGCCUCUUGCCUACAAUGGUCGAAGCCAACAAGGGCAAAGAUGAAGUUUACGACCGUAUGCUGCUAGAUUAUUUUUUUUCGUAUCAUCAGUUCAUCCAUCUCCUGUGCCGAGUUGCCAUCAACUGUGAGAAGUUCACAGAAACCUUAGUGAAGAUGAGUGUCCUUGUCGCAUAUGAAGGUUUGCCUCUUCAUCUAGCUUUGUUCCCAAAACUUUGGACUGAGCUUUGCCAAACUCAGUCCACCAUGUCAAAGAACUGCAUCAAGCUCCUGUGUGAGGAUCCGGUCUUUGCGGAAUACAUUAAAUGCAUUCUAAUGGACGAAAGGACCUUUCUCAACAACAACGUGGUGUAUACCUUCUUAACACAUUUCCUUCUCAAGGUACAAGGGCAGGUGUUUUCAGAAGCAAAUUGUGCCGGAGUAAUCAAUAAUUUGGUUACCAAUCUGAUCAACCAGUAUCAGAGCCUAGAAUCCGAUUUUGCCAAUCAGCGCAUUGAAAUUUUUAAGGCCAGCUCCACUUUAAAUGGGGACCUCCGAGCCCUCACUUUGCUGCUUUCUGUACACACCCCAAAACAGCUGAACGCCGCCCUGAUUCCAACGUUGCAAGAACUGCUAAACAAAUGCAGGACUUGUCAACAACAGAAGAACUCAUUGCAGGAGCAAGAAGCCAAAGAAAGAAAAACUAAAGAUGAUGAAGGAGCUACUCCAGUAAAAAGAAGACGGGUUAGCAGUGACGAGGAACACACUGUGGACAGUUGCAUCAGCGAUCUGAAAACUGAACCUCGGGAGGCCUUGACUCCAACAAGCACCUCAGAUAACGAGACAAGAGACUCCUCCAUCAUUGAUCCUGGCACUGAGCAGGACCUGCCUUCCCCUGAGAAUAGUUCCAUUAAAGAGUACCGGAUGGAAGUUCCAUCUUCGUUCUCUGAAGACAUGAUGCUCGCGACGCGCUCACAGCAUGGGGAGGAGCAGCCGGGCGGCGGUAGGUUUGAUGAAUGUAAAGACCUGAAAGAGCCCCCCAGCUCCAAGGAGGCCAACAUCAUUGAGGAUGACGCCGAGUUCCCCUCCACGUCUAUUUCUGCCGUUCUGUCUGACCUCACAGAUUUGAAAAGCUGCGAAAGUCAAGCCUUGCAGGACCCCGAGACGGGCUUAUCACUCAGUUGCAGCCAUUCCAGAGGACUUCUAAGCCACAUGCAGCAACAGCAGGACAUUUUAGACAUCCUUUGCAGGACCAUUGAGUCAACGAUUCACGUGGUCACAAGGAUAUCUGGCAAAGGAAACCAAGCUGCUUCUUGACAAUAAAGGAGCGCGCCUGCUUUUAAAGUCUCUCUCUCUUUUUUUUUUUCCCUUUCGAAAAUGCUGUUUGUAUAAGUUUUGCUUAUUUCUGUUUUGUGCUUCAGUUUGUCCAGUGCUUUCUGCUUGAAUGGCAAGACUAAAUUUAUACGCUUUAAUUCUUGGUCAGGCAGAAUUCCAGAUUUAAAAUUUAAAAAAGUUUAGCAUCUACCGUACACUUUCUUAAAGGGCAAUCAGAUAAUGAAUAUGUUUUAUGUAAUUCAAAGUUCACUGUAGUGGCUUUCAUUUAAUAUGGCUGUCUGGGAGAACAGGGCCUCCUUGCCCUGUAGGAUGUAAUUUAAACUUAUGGCAUUUUUACUGUGUAUAAUAUGGUGUCCUCUGUGCCAGUUUUGUACCUUACAAUAGAGGCAAAAUGUCUCCAAUCGCUGUGGUUCUUAUUAUCAAAAUUAAGUUUACUUGUAUACUAAACAACCACAAGAAAUUUGAUUCUGUAAAGAAUCCUCUUUAGCUGUGGCCUGACAGUAUAUAUAUAUAUAUAUAUAAAUAUGGUGCUUUAUUUAACAGAAUACCUGUGGAAGAAAUAAAGCACACUUGAUGUAAAAUUAAUUGUUUUAUUUUUAUUGACAUGACCGAUUGCUAUUCUGUGCACUUCAUUAAACUGAUUGUGACGAC